AUGGAGUGGACUACGCGGCAUCUAAGGCCGUCUAUUGAUAUCGUCAGCCUCUCUAGUAACAAAAUGUCGUUUAUACUUCUCAAUGCUGACGUAUCAACGGCCAACGCAUUGCGACGUAUCAUGCUCAGUGAGAUCCCAGCCCUGGCUAUAGAAGUGGUUACUGUAUUGGAGAAUACAUCAGUUUUACACGACGAAUAUAUCGCACACAGACUUGGUCUAUUACCUAUAGAUUCUAGGAAUGCAUCAAGUUUUGAAUACAGGGACAAGUGCAACUGCAGUGACAAGUGUUCAAGAUGUACCGUGGAGUACGCUUUAGACGUAAAAUGCCACGGAGAGAAUCGGAUAGUCACCCAUUAUGACAUUAAAGUCGAUAGCUGGGAGGGAGCGAGAGGAGCUGCUGGAGCGCCAAUGCCUGUACCAAGGCCAAGUGUAGACACGUUUGGCCACAGUUAUGGCACCUUGCCAAUGCAUAAUGCAACCGGUCCUACAGUCAGUACCCUUAACGAACAGAGUUGGAUGCCAACAUUCCCGUCCUCCCCUCAACCCACAAGUCUAGGGACACCAGCCGGUAGUACACAGUAUCAGAGUAGUACCUAUGGCCGAAGCUACGACAAUGAUUUUGAUGACACUGAAGCGCCCGCUGGCGGCAUACCGAUAGUGAAGCUGAAACGUGGGCAAUCUGUCAGUAUGAAGAUGACAGCUACUAAGGGUAUGGGAAAGUUCCAUGCUAAAUGGAUGGUUGCUAAUGUCGCAUACAAAAUGGAGCCUGUGAUCACUAUAAACAAGCAGGAGGCUGAUAAACUGACGGUUAAUGAGAAGACGCAGAUUGUACAGAGCUGUCCGCGUCAAGUAUUUAAACUUACUACGGCUGAAAAUAUGUUCUCGACAGCAGGCAAAUCUGACCUCGCCGUCGACAAUAACCUCAACUGUAUAUAUUGUGAUGAAUGUCUCAACCAGGUACGGGAAAUGGGUCUUCGUGAUCUUAUAAGGGUACAACCUGACGAAACAAAAUUCCAUUUCACUGUGGAAUCUAAUGGAGCUAUCCCUCCAGAGAAGAUCUUGGAGAUAUGUUUGGACACUUUGGAGGACAAACUUGCAGCAUUGCAGCAACAGUUCUUGGAAGCUCAGGCACGUAGUUUAGGCACUAAGUCACAGUCGGGCACCAGACCUGGAGGUCCGCAGCAUCCAAGUACUUCGGUUAUUGAUUUGGAUUGA